AUGACAGGCAUCCACAAGAAGAAUCUGCUGCAGCUGGAAAGGGGUCUGAACAAAAGGGACCAUCUUUUGUUACCUAGGAAGAUGUCGUUGCCAUGCUGGAAAAGGAGCUUAGUCGAAGCUAGGAGGAUUGGAAGUACAUUCCUCAACCAUCGUACCCGUCGAGCUUACUCCAGCAGCCCUAUCCCAAAGCAUGAAGAGAGGGUUACUACCACGCAGCUCAACAACACUCGCCAAAAGCAAAGGGAGGAUCCGGUGGACUUUGUACGGAGAUUCCGGGAUUUGGCUCUCGACUGCUAUGAUGAAAAAGAUGAGAAGGCACUUGUUGAGAUUUGCAUCAGCAACAUCGUGGCAGACUACAGAGUUUACUUGGAGAAUAUUGGCAUCAGUCAAUUUUCUCAGCUGCUGGAAGCAGUAAGGAAGACGAGCAUGUCUGUUAAGCCAAUUGGGCAAAGAAGUUGGAGGAGUGAAAAGAAGGAAGCACAUCAAACGAUGGCCGUAGAUAAGUCAUCCAAUGACUACAACUCACGCAAACGAAAGGAUAGGGAGACGUACCCUCCAUUGCCAUGCAAAGACGAAGAAUUUCAUGCCAUUCUUGACACAAUGAUUGCUGACGGUGCAAUCAAGCCCCUUAAGCCCUACAAGGUCCCUACUAGGGAAGAGAAAAGCGAUCCCAGGUACUGCCGUUACCAUCAAUUUGUAGGGCAUCCAACUACUGCCUGCCAGAGCCUAAGGAGGAUCUUACAUGGUAAAAUAAACGAAGGGGUUCUUGAGCUCCCCUCUAGGAAGCAAACUAUCGAUGAGGACCAUUUGCCAAAGCGAAGGGGAAAUGAGGUAGCUGUUGUUGUAACAUGUUCUGACGAUUUUCUCGGUGAUGAUGAAUUGUGUCACCCAUGGAAGAACGACCCGAAGCCACCUGAGGCUAUUUGGGAGCCUUGCGGAAACAUGGAGAAAGCUUACUGGCGAAAAUAUUCAGAACCUUCAAGCUAUAAUACGCCAUGGCCACUUGCUGACGGGUGGGACGGCUGUGCAGACAACGAAGUGUUUAUGUUGGACAUGCCAGAAGAACAAUGCAUGGGAACCUCCUCGGGGCAGCAGGAAACGGCUGCUGUAACAUUUCAUGCUCUUAUAGAAGCUGAGGCAACUGUAAUAGAGCGUUACCUAGGUGCAAAGCAAGGACCUACAGCUUUGCAAGUUCUCCAAAGAAAUCCAAAGUUCAAGUCACUCUUCGACCAACUUGGUUUUGGACCUCAGACAAGGGAAGCAGCUGUUGUAGCUUUCAUGAACAUUUCUGCAUAA